CAUGUUGGCGAGCGUCAUGCCCUUCGCGCUCCGGAUGCAACGUCGACACUGGGCCAUGAUAGUAAGACCGCAUUGUCAGAACCACAAGCCAACCUUCCCUGCUUCGGCGCCGUUGUCCUUGGCCAUGGCCAACAUUCAGAACUGCAUGUGUUCCUACGCACUGGCCCAGGUGAUUUCCCUAAACAUUUUGACGGAUAUAUAACACGUCAAGGCUCGUACUUUGGGAUUAGCGUGUACUACACACUUAGGAAUAAUGGGGCGAGCUGCUUCUAUGACCUGCACAAUUUCGCAAAAGCGAACGCACUCUUUCCUGAAACCCGCUUCCUACCUACUCCGUCCAAAAGCCUUGAAAACGCUCGUGGCAUUCUCGGGCCAUUUUGAAAACUUUCUCUCUCAGAGAUUGGUCCAAACCCCUCCAGUGCACGAAGAAACGGCGUCCUUCUCGCUAUUAGCUUGUUUUUCGUAUUUCUUGGGGCCACAACAUGUUGGAGCCAAUGACGGGACUGUUCGCUGCCAACGCAUAUGCAAAACUUCUCGCAAAAAGAGCAAUGCGCGGCCCGAGCCACUGAAGUCGAUCCUCUUGCGUCAACACAACAUGUUUCCUGAGAUCGAUGUUUGUACCUAUCUUUGCGAAAUGGCUGGCUUCAUGGUUGCUCUGCUAGUGUUGUGCGUGAGUAUGGACUUCAUGCUUUACUCGCCUCCUACCGUAUGCUAUUUCGAUAGGCCGAAUGUGACCUUAGAUUCGCUACCUUGCUCAUGUCAGUUGCGACUUCGAGCAUCUUGCUCCUGCCUAACCGUAUAUACGGUUUGUAGGGUGAUUCCAAAGCCUUCUGGAUGACAGUGCGUCGUAUGUGAGAAAUAUAAUCUAACUGUCGGUAGUGAUGCACAAUUCUUCCGAUAAUGUUAGGCAAAACACGUCAGUGAGACACUACUGACACUACACAGCACCACCUGCUGUCCCAUCAGGUCAAGUUUCUUUGCGCUAUUGGCCAUAUCGUUCAGUUCCGAUAAGAGAACUGCUCGGGUCUUAGUAUCCUCACGAGUAUGGGUUUGGAGUCCGUUUGUUUACUAUCUUGAUGCAAGUGGUCCAUAAUCUGUAACACGUCCAAAAUGUACGAACGCCGAGCAAUCGGAUAUCAGAUUCCCCCAC